AUGCCCACUUACUCCGCCUUUGGCGUAUCAAUUCUUCCUUGCCUUCGCUCCUCUUCACAAUCCCCCGCCUGCACCCGCCACUCGCGACAUGUGCCGACCGCUUCUAUCGCGAUUGUCGGAACCGUGCCCUCCACUUUCGCCUUUGGUAUUCUGUCUCCAGACGUUCUGCCGACUGACAUAUCCUUGAAAAAAGCGAUACAACAGCACGCCGAGUACUGUCAUGCGUUGUCAAAGAUACCGGCCAUCAGCGGACUUUAUCAAUCACCAUCCAACCCUGCCUUCCCGGAUGGCGUCUUCGUGGAGGACCCGCUCGUCAUCAUCUCCAAACGCACAGCGUUCAUGGCAACUGCGGGCCACAAGUCUCGUGAUGGUGAGCGUGCCGCCCUCACCAGUGUCUUGAAACGCAUCGGCGUGGUUGUUAGACGCGCAUGGGACAUUAGACUCGACGGUGGAGAUGUGCUCAAGGUGCCAGGCUUCGUCGUUGUGGGGAUAUCCGAAAGGACCGAGAGCGCGUCGGUAGAGGCUUUACAGGCUGCGUUGGACGACGAGGCAGCAGGCGACAAGCGGGCUCCGAAGGCCGUGCCGGUGGCCGUGAUUGACGGACUGCAUCUCAAGUCACUUGUGACAUGGGUCGGCGGAGUCGACGCAAGCGAUCACGGGUUUCUUGUGGCUCCGGAUGAUGAACGUGGUAAGCAAUGUUUGAAACGCAUUCAAGAGGCCACCGGGGUAUCGUGGGACGUGCUCCAAGUACCGGAAGAAGAAAGAUUGGCGGCCAACAUGCUCUUCAUACCGCCACGGAAGGAUAGAUAUGGAAGUGUUGCACCAGGUGCCGUGCUUGUUCAAAGGUCUUGUCCCAUUUCUGUGAAGCUGCUCAAGGAGAAGGUGGUCGCUGCAGGAAUAGAGGACAUUGACGUUGUUGCCGUGGACAUGAGUGAGAUGGCCAAAGCCAAUGGGGCAUUGACCUGCAUGUCAGUCAUCAUAUAGGCCCUGGGUGCGGUUUUCGAAAGGACAAUGCGACAUUGAAGGACAUGCAGUUGCCAAUAUCUGGGAAAGCCUUUGCUUCCGGCUGUAAAACAAUGUAUAGUCUGUAUCUGGAGUUUUGUGUGGGGGCUCUUAGGGGACGAAAAUUUCACGCAAAUCAUAAUUAGGCAAGGCUGGUGCGCAACUUGGAAUGUAUGAUGUUGAGGCCAGGGGUUCUAAAAAAAGGUAGAUGCGAAACACUCGUCGUUCAGUGCAGGGGUUGGGCUUUUCUCCCCCGGCGCGCAAGCGUUUCUGCGUCCAGAGCCCAGAGUCGCAAGCGUUAACUUGGGGCAAUAGUACUGCACUGGGUAGUAGGUACAGUGUGUAUCAGGUACCGAUAGACGGGGACGAAAGCACUUUUUGAGACACGACAUCAA